AUGCUUCCCAGAACAGCGCUGCGGACGAGAAUCCGUCUCGCCUCAAGGCCGAGCCAAGUCAACGGGCUCCGGUGCUACUCCAGAAUCAUUCAGGAACACGAUGUCCUCCUCCUACGACAGAAGGGCGCCAGGAACGCGACGAAGCGCCAAGUCACACCCCCGAUCCGAUCGGACACGACUUUCAAGGCGGCCUGGGGUGUGCACGUGAACGGGUCGGACCUCAUCGGCAGGACGCUGCCGUGUACCAUUCAGGACAGCAAGGGCAACAAUAUGCGCCUGUCGGAAGUGACGCUGGCGCAAUAUGUGACCAACAUCCCGCGGGUGGCGACACCGAUCUACCCGCACGACUCGUCCAUGAUCGUCUCGCUCCUUGACAUUGACCUUCCGGCGCCGGGGGAAGACCCGGUCGCCGACGCGGGCGCUCCGUUUGAGGUGUUCGAAGCCGGCACGGGUAUGGGCUCCCUGACGCUGCACCUCGCGCGCGCGAUCCACGGCGCCAACCCCGCCGUCCCGGCCGCGUUGCGCGCCGCCCUCUGCGCCGCCCCCUACGCCAAGGGCCAGCUCCUCAGCGACGUCGCGACCGACGACUCGCCCGAGCUGGGCCCGCACCCGCACUCCCCCGAGGGCCUGGCGCCCGAGCUGCAGGCCCAGCUCGACGGCUACCGGCCCGCUCGCCGCGCCAUCCUGCACACCCUCGAUAUUCGUCCCUCGGCAAGCCGCCUCGCGCACGGGACGAUCCGCGACUUCCGCCGCGCGCUGUACCUCCUCGACAUCGAUUUCCACGUGCGCACGAUCCGCUCGUUCCUCGAGCCGCGCCUUGCGGCGUCGCCUGACCGCGCGCCCUUCUUGUCGCACGCCGUACUCGACCUGCCUGCGUCGGCGGACCACGCCGAGCUCGUCGUUGAGGCGCUGCGGCCCGACGGCCGUCUUGUUGUUUUCUUCCCGUCCAUCACGCAGGUAUUGGAUUUCGUAAAGUGGGUCACGGACACGACGCAGCCGGUGUACGUGGAGCGCGUUAUCGAGCUGGCCAACUCAACCUUUGAGCCAGGUUUCUCGGAUGGUGUGGGCGGAAGGGAGUGGGACGUGCGCGUCGUGACGCCGAAGAAGGUGGCGAGGGGGGAGGUCGAGGCCGUGGGGGAGAAUGAGGGCAAGGUGACCGUGUGCCGGCCCAAGGUGGGCACCAUGGUCGGCGGUGGAGGCUUCAUUGCCGUCUUCACCAAGAAGUCGCCUGCGCCGCUGCGCGUGGAGGGAGCUCAGGAAACCGUUGGUGUGGCUGAGAAUGCUGCAUCUGCUGAAAAGGCCGAGGACAAGUCGGAUGGAGAGGGGUACUGCGACCAGCGGCACGGGCAUCGCUUGGGUGAAGACCCCACGGGAAACAUUCCGGAGUUUCCCCGCGUCAUACAGCAUUUCGAGUUGACGGCCGACUACACAUUCAACCCGCUGAACACGACCGCCAACGAGAAGCACCAAGUACGAAAGAACUGGGAUGCUUUGAUGCCAGUCGGCCAUGGGUUCUUCAGCGCAACGAAGAACCAAAACCAGCUGCCGACGGUGACGGUCGACCCGGAGAACCACCCGGCGCACAUCACGGCCGUGUUCCACCAGCUGCACUGUCUCUACAUGAUCAUGCAGGCGUACCACUCGGGCGUGCAGGCGACGGAGGAGACGGAGGCGAUGGCAUUUCACCUGCGGCACUGCUUCGAGUACCUGCGGCUGUCGCUUGCCUGCCACGGCGACACGGCGCUCGGGGGUAGAGUCGACGACACGACGGCCGGGGAGGCGGGGGCACAGCAUGUGUGCAAGGACUGGGGGGCUGUCAAGCGGUUUGCCGAGACGCAUCGGACGAACGAGUUUCGGGGCAUCAUCGACACUGACUAG